AUGGCUGUGGCAGAUCUAAUUGACAUUAAAAAAUUAAAAGAGCUACGGAGGAGUAACCCAACCAAGGCAAAAAACCUUAUAAAAAAAAUAAAAAAGAGAAAUGCCAAGAAGGAGAAGAAGGAGAAGAAAAACGAUACGUCGAAUGGUGUGAAUAAAGACAUAUUGAGGAAUUAUCAAUAUGAACCAUACGUGGAGUACGUAGAAGAAGACAUCGAGGAAGAAAUUUUCAAAAAUUUUCAAGAUGUAUACAUAAAAUUCAAAGGGAAUAAGGAUGGGUAUGUAGACCCUGAAGAUCACACUGAUUAUGAAAAAAAGAAAAAGAAUUUAGAUGAUAUCUCAUCAGAAGAUGAUGAGAAAGAGGAAGAUGAUGAAGAUGCAGAAGAGGAGGCAGGAACAAUGAAAAAUAAAGAACCCAUUUCAAAAAAAGCAUUGAAAUUGUUAAAUAGACCUUCAGUUAUGAAGUUAAAAGAAUUUGCUAAAAAACCAGAACUUGUAGAAAUAUGGGACACAACAGCUAGCGAUCCCUUUUUUUUUGUAUGGUUAAAAUGUUUAAAAGAUUCAGUACCAGUACCACAGCAAUGGUGCCAGAAAAGAAAAUAUAUGCAUGGAAAAAGAGGAACUGAAAAAAUUCCAUAUAAAUUGCCACCAUAUAUUGAAGAUACGAAAAUUAGUGAAAUAAGACAAGCUAUAAAAGAAAAAGAAGAACAAAAGUCGCUAAAACAAAAAAUGCGAGAUAGAGUAAGGCCAAAAUUACAUACCAUGGAUAUAGACUAUCAAACACUUCAUGAUGCAUUCUUUAAAUAUGCAACAAAACCAAAAUUAGUAAAAUUUGCAGAUCUUUAUUAUGAAGGAAAAGAAUUUGAGUUAAAAACAAAAAAGUUUCGUCCAGGUGUUAUUUCAGAAAAAUUAAGAAAAGCCUUAAAUAUCGAUCCCAAUGAACCACUCCCUUGGUUGUUUAAUAUGCAGAAAUAUGGAUUACCUCCUUCCUUUCCUUAUUUGAAUAUCCCAGGUUUGAAUGAACUUACACAGGAUAAAUCUGGAUCAGGUAAAACCAUUGGCAUGAGUGCUAAUGAAAACACCACUGGAGUAGGAAGUGCACACAUGGGUGCCAACACUCAGGGGGAUACAAAUACCCAGAGUAAUUCUAUCUGUCAAGGUGCAGCAAACAUUCAAAGUAGUAUAAAUAAAGAUCAAGAAGGAGGAGCAAAACCACGAUACGAUAAUGUUGACGAGUCAGGAAAUAUUGUUUAUGGAAAUUUUGUAUCGCAACAUACUAGCGAAAAUAGCAGUAAGUUUCCGGAUGAUUUUUUAUGGGGAGAAAUUGAUGAAAAUUAUGAAAAUUCAGAAGAGGGAGAAGAGGAAGUAGAAGAAGGAAAUGAAUACAUAGACGAUGGUAACAAAGAGGAGAAAAAGAAAAGUCAAUCAAAAGAACAGAAAGAGAAAAGUGAUGCUAUAUAUUCAGAAAAUGUAAAUAUACACUUAAAUGAAAAUAUCAAUGAAGAUAUGUUAAAAAAUAAUUUUAAUAGUGGUAUAUACAGUGUUGCAACGAAUACUAAAAUAAAUGGGUCCUACACACCUUUUAUGGAAAGUGGUGCAACAUCUGUAGAUUUAACUUCCUUUAUAUCAGGAUAUGAAACCCCCAAAUAUGUUUAUAAUAAUAAUUAUAUGAAUCCAUCAAACAUUAAGCCAUACACAGUAUUACAAAAAGAACAAGUACCCAUUUCACAAAAUAAUUUAUUUUCUUCAAAUGUCAAAUACAAAAUAAAUUCAUCCAUUUCUAUGAUGAGUAAGGCAUCUAACGUUUCAGAAGCUGGAGGAGGAGGCAUUACACCAUUCAGUAAUAUCGGAAUAUCAACUCCAUAUGUACAGAGUGAAACUGGGAAGAAACUCCAAAUCAAUCCUCCAUCUACGAAUAUUGAAGAUAUCAAAAAAGAGUUAAGCAAAUAUGAAGAAAUAUCCAACAAGGCAAAACUUGUGUCAGCACAGGUGGAUCCACCUAAAAAAGUGAAAAAUGAGGAGAUAAAGAAGAAAAAGAAAAAAAAAAAAUAUUUCAAGUUUUAA